GCAGAAAAACGUGAACGUAUCUGAUUGGUGGUCCGAAUGCUGAUAAAGUCCAAAAACUUCCCUCACCAUUGGGGUUUUCUUCUUUAGAAGACUACGUUCAUACAAGAUUCUCCAUUGGGUGGUGGAAUCAUACAAGAAAAAAUGUCUCUUUUAACAAAGCCCCAAGUUUCAACUACUGCUUUCAUUGAUGCUGCUUCAUUUGCCGCUGACCAACGACUGUCCUUCGGAGCAUAUCAAUCCAAAGAAGAGAAAGCAUACUCUAGAGGACAAAGACCAAAAACAGAAAGAAAGAAUUUUACGCAAUCGAGCAGCCGCUCAAGACUCCAGAGAUAGAAAACGACGUUAUAUCUCCAAUUUGGAAAACGACAAUCAACAACUCAAAGAAAAAAAUGAAGAAUUAAACAAACGACUUCAAACUUGCCGGAUCAAAAUGUGGAAAUCCGAUUAGAUGAUUUAUUAGACUGGAACGGCGAGCAGACGUUUGCAGCAGACUCAAAGCA